GGCGCGGAGGUCCUGUGCCGUACAGCAUGGCGGCGCUGUGGCGGAGGCGGGAGCCUCUCCAGGGAGUGUCGCGGCUGUACCGUGCGGUGCGAGCCCUUUCAGGAAAGAAUGAGUAUGAUCUUCUGGUAAUUGGUGGAGGUUCUGGAGGCCUUGCUUGUGCAAAAGAAGCUGCUCAGUUUGGAAGGAAAGUGGCUGUUUUGGAUUACGUGGAACCUUCUCCACAAGGAACCAAAUGGGGACUUGGUGGAACUUGUGUGAAUGUUGGCUGCAUUCCUAAAAAGCUUAUGCAUCAAGCAGCCCUUUUAGGGAGUGCCCUUAAAGAUGCCCAACACUAUGGCUGGAAUAUAGCCCAACCUGUUCAUCAUACCUGGUCUGUGAUGGCACAAGCUGUUCAGAAUUAUGUGAAAUCCUUGAACUGGGGACACAGAGUGCAACUACAAGACAAGAAGGUGAAAUAUUUCAACAUGAAAGGGAGUUUUUCUGAUCCGCACACAGUCCGUGGUUUAACAAAAGCAGGUAAAGAGACUACUGUAACUGCAGAAAAUAUUGUCAUUGCUACUGGGGGAAGACCUAAGUAUCCUACACACAUUGCUGGUGCACUGGAGUAUGGAAUCACAAGUGAUGAUUUGUUCUGGUUAAAAGAAUCUCCUGGGAAAACGUUGGUUGUUGGAGCUAGCUAUGUUUCACUUGAGUGUGCUGGUUUUCUAACGGGUAUUGGCUUGGACACUACAGUCAUGAUGAGAAGUAUCCCACUUCGUGGGUUUGAUCAGCAAAUGGCAUCUUUAGUAACUGAGCACAUGGAAUCUUACGGCACAAAAUUUUUGAAGAGAUGUUCCCCAACCAAAGUUGAAAAAUUGGAGAGCAACAGAUUGCAAGUCACCUGGAAAAAUACUGACCUGGGCACAGAAGAAACUGAUUCCUUUGACACAGUGAUAUGGGCAGUAGGCCGAGCUCCUGACACUAAAACUCUCAAUUUGGAUGCAGUUGGAGUGAAAACUAAUGGUGAAACUGGAAAGAUCAUUGUUGAUGCCAAUGAAGCUACUUCUGUUCCUCACAUUUAUGCAAUUGGAGACAUAACAGAGGGCCGUCCUGAGUUAACACCCACAGCAAUCGCUGCAGGAAAACUGCUGGCUCAGCGGCUUUUUGGCAAGUCAUCAGAACUGAUGGACUAUGACAAUGUACCUACUACAGUUUUCACGCCUUUGGAAUAUGGUUGUGUUGGACUGUCAGAAGAAGCAGCUGUGCAAUGUUAUGGAUCAGAUAAUAUUGAGGUCUACCACGCAUAUUAUAAACCUUUGGAGUUUACAGUGGCUGAAAGAGAUGCAACUCAAUGCUAUAUGAAAAUGGUGUGCUUACGAGAGAGAGAGCAACGAAUACUUGGCCUUCAUUUCAUUGGACCAAAUGCAGGCGAAGUUAUUCAAGGAUUUGCUCUUGGAAUCAAAUGUGGUGCUACAUAUCCUCAGCUAAUGAAGACAGUUGGCAUUCACCCUACCUGUGCUGAAGAAAUUACCAAGCUGCACAUCACGAAGCGUUCUGGUUUGGAUGCUACAGUCACAGGCUGCUGAGGUUAAAUACCAUCCCUGGGAAGAAAGAAAUUAA